AAGGAUUUCUUGCUGUUGCGAUGGUCAAGAGCACUUGAGAGCUUCUGUUCUAAAGAGCACCUUUUCCUGUAGGCGAGUGGAUGAGGGACUUCAAAAUGCCCAGUCUCCAAGCAUGAAGCAUCUAAGCACUUGCCCCUACCAUCGAUGACAGCCUCCUGCGGCUUCCUGAAGAGGGAGCCUCGCUCACUGUUUUAGACAAAAGAUCAGGAGCCUAUCGUCUGUUCCAGUUUAUACACCUGCCAGCAGUCCACCAGAGCUGUGCCCUCCAGCGAGAACACUGGCAAUAGGAUUCUAGUCUUUCUCUCUCAUUGCAAACGCUGCGAUGACUACGGAGGUGAAAACCCAGUUGACUGAGCAUCCACUAGCGAGUCCAAAGGCAGAGCUGGGGCCUGAGAAGAAACCAGAGCCCUUUCCAAGGAGCCACGGGGAUGUCGGGUUCCAGAAAGAGCCUGUGGUCCCAGGCAUUGUGGAUUUCGAGCUGACCCAAGAGGAAGUGAAGACUUCUAAGCCCCAAACACCCAGUGCCUACCGCUUUGGACGCCUCAGUCACCAUUCCUUCUUCUCCCGGCACCACCCCCAACCACAGCGAGUGACGCACAUCCAAGAUAUCACCGGGAAGCCCGUCUGUGUGGUGAGGGACGAGAUCUCUCUGGCACCCUUGACUCCAUCUACACUUUUAUCCGGCUAUCUGACAGGGAUGCCCACCAUCUCUGUUCCCAUUGGAGACCCACAGUCCAACCGGAACCCCCAGCUUUCUCCUGACACCUGGAAGAAGAAUUUAAAGGACCUGGCUUCCCAAGUGGCUAAGGAAAUUGAGUCAAAGAUGAAUGACACUGGUGCUGAACAAAGGAGCGAGCCUGGAAAGAAAGCUCCUCCUCUGAGGGACCAGGGGGCAAAGUACUCAGCUGAGACUGGUAGGCUUAUUCCUGCUUCCAGCCAAGCCCUCACCCGCCGCAGCCGCCAGGGCCAGCGGGGCAACCCUUCUGGCAAAGAUGGAGGAGUCCAAACCUCUGUUCUGCAGAACCAGGAGCUUCUGAUCUUGGAGCUCCUUUGUCAGAUUCUACAAACAGACUCUCUAAGCGCUAUUCAGUUCUGGCUGCUCUAUGCUCCACCGAAGGAGAAAGACUUAGCGCUGGGGCUUUUGCAGACUGCUGUGGCUCAGCUCCUCCCACAGCCUCUCCCCUCCAUCCCAGCAGAGAAGCUCUUAAACCAACUCCAAGAGCUUCAAGAACUGCCUCAAGAGACGCAGCAGGCUACCUACAGUCCAUCCCUGAGGAAGACAAAGACACCACCUCCACCCAAGAUAGAAAAACCAGAGUUCGUUGGCAAAGCCCAAGUCCUCCGAGUGCAUCCCAACGAGGACCCAGAGGAGAAAACGACCAAGUCAAAGGCCGAGGGCUGAGGAGCACAGACCCGAACACGGAGACUUCUGCCUAGCUCAAAGGCAGCU